AUGGAAUAUACUCACCGAAACAGACUCAGUUCAUCUCAAGAUGGCAUAAAAGUAUUGCAACGUAGAAAGCGAGGAUGGCUGUGGAAUCAAUUUUUUUUACUUGAAGAGUACACGGGUUCAGAUACCCAGUAUGUUGGUAAGUUGUACACAGAUCAUGAUAACGGAGAAGGAAAUUUAAAGUAUAUUUUAUCUGGAGAUGGAGCUGGGAGUGUUUUUAUCAUAGAUGAAAAUACUGGGGACAUCCAAGCUGCAAAGAGAUUGGAUAGAGAAGAAAAAUCAACUUAUGUUCUUCGAGCAAAAGCAAUAGACAAAAGAACAGGAAGACAAGUUGAACCAGAAUCUGAGUUUAUAAUUAAGAUUCAUGAUAUCAAUGAUAAUGAACCAAAGUUUAACCAAGAUGUUUAUAUUGCAACUGUUCCUGAAAUGUCAGAAGUUGGUACCUCAGUCCUUCAAGUAACUGCCUCAGAUGCUGAUGAUCCUUCAUAUGGAAAUAGUGCUAGGAUUGUAUACAGUAUUCUUCAAGGACAGCCAUACUUUUCAAUUGAUCCAGAUACAGGCAUAAUCAAAACCGCUCUACCAGAUAUGAGCAGAGAGAACAGGGAACAUUACCAAGUGGUUAUUCAGGCCAAAGAUAUGGGUGGCCAGAUGGGAGGAUUAUCUGGGACCACCACGGUGAACAUCACACUGACUGAUGUCAAUGACAAUCCGCCUAGAUUCCCACAGACAGCCAAUGGCAUCGCUGGAUUUGAAUUUGAAAGGAAACCAACGGUCAGUGGUCCUCAGACCGUUACAGAACGACGAGAGGUGAAGAUGGACGCCGAUCGCGCUAUGAUUUCUUCAAUUCUGGACGAGUAUAGGAUUGGAGCAGGCCACACUUCUCUGGAGGACAUCUACUGCCUCCAGCACUGCAUCUAUGGCCUGACACCCUUCUUAAGUGAGUAUUUUUGCUUAUCCCCGCACCGUGGAGGAGAGAGACCAACAACGUCUCAUUUACUCCAUGAGAUUCCUCCCAUCUCCAAUCUUCAAGAUGGAGCGCCUCAUGCCAACAAACCGCGAAGCUCAAAGGAAAUACCUGCCUUUUCCACUGGAGGAAGAAGAUCCAGAGCCGGCAUUGAUGAUGGCAAGCCGCCUGUGUGA